UGGAAUAAAAUUUGAUGGUUGAAGAGGAUCGCAUGACAUUAAUGUUUAAGUUUUCCACAUAAACAAGUCUUGUGUUUUUUAAAAUUGAAGUAAUGCCAGGUUUCUUCCUCAAGAGAAAGUCAAAGAGUACAGGAGCAGGGUUGAAGAAAAGAAAACCCACACCUGCCAAAAAUGAGAAAGAUGAUGAAAUUGGCAGUGAUUCAGAUAUUGCUAGUGAGAGUGAGCAAGGAAAUGAUGAUCUGGAAAGUGAUUCCUCAAUAGAAGAAACUGCACAAGAAAAAAGGCUUAGGCUUGCCAAAGACUACAUUGCAAAAUUGGAGAGAGAGGAGAGCCAAAAAGCACUUGAUGAUCAGGUUGACAGAGAUGCAAUUGCACAUCGCUUGCAGGAAGAUGUUCUCAGUGAGAAGGGCAUCCUUCAAAAACAACUUGCAGAAAAGUUUUCAGGGUACGAUGAUGCAAGCAAAAAGUGUUUCAAAGGUCAUAGGCUGUCUGUGACAUGUGUUGCUGUUUCUAGUGAUGACAACUAUAUAUUUUCUGGUUCCAAAGAUGGCUACAUAAUCAAAUGGUCCAUACGAACUUGGAAGAGAGAACUGCAAGUAGAUUGCCCUCAGAAUUCAAGCACUCCAAAGAAAAAAGGAUCAAAAUCACAAAAGAAUCAUCUUCUAUGCUUAGCAUUAUCAAGUGAUGGGAAAUAUUUGGCAAGUGGUGGAAAAGAACACGUUAUUCAUAUAUGGAAUGCCCAUGACCUUACAUUCAUCCGAACAUUUACGGGACACAAGAACUCAAUAACCGGGUUAGCGUUUCGUAAAGGAACUCAUCAGUUAUUCAGUGCAUCUAUGGAUAGGUCUGUUAAGGUUUGGAGCUUAGACGAAAUGGCCUAUAUCGAGACCCUUUUUGGUCAUGAAGAUGCGAUCACUGGGAUUGAUAGUUUGGCUAAAGACCGAGCAGUAACAUGUGGUGGCAGAGAUAGAACAGUACGAUUGUGGAAAAUCCCAGAAGAAUCUCAGCUUGUAUUCAGGGCACAUAACGCACCAAGCAUCGACUGUGUGGCAAUGAUUAACGAAGAGUAUUACCUCACAGGAGCUGAUAAUGGGUCGAUCUCUGUAUGGAAUUUGCACAAGAAAAAGCCCGUUUGCACGGUAAGAAAUGCUCAUCAGAUCAAAAAAUCUGCUACGUCACAAGAUAAACCUUGCAAUGAAGCAUGGAUAACGUCAGUUGCAGCAUUGAAAAAUUCCGAUCUUGUAGCUUCAGCAGGAUCUUGUGAUUCGUGUAUUCGUGUGUGGAAAUGUGAACAGGGAUUUCGCUCUCUUCAACAAUUAUUUGCAAUACCAGUGACUGGCUUCGUCAAUGCACUGCAGUUUUCUGAAAAUGGAGAUUUCAUAAUUGCUGGAAUAGGGCAAGAACAUAGGCUUGGACGAUGGUGGCGAUUAAAAGAUGCGAAAAACUCUAUAAUUUACAUCCCUUUCACAAAGACUUAGUAGCUGGAAAUUAGUUACAAUUUGAAAAAAAUAUGAAGUAAAACGUAUUUCUGCUCUAGACCACCAGUUAUGGCAAGUUAGCGAUUUGUUUGCAUUGUGAGCUACAAAAACAAAACAUCUACUAGGGAAUAAAGUUAGGUUUACCAUCACAGAAAUAUGCCAUAUCCUUUGACGUGCUAUUGACAAUUUUUCUAUUUUGAUUAGUUUACGUGGGCUCAUUGAGGACAUACACGGCCUGCGAAGCCUACCAAAUGCAUGGUGGAUCUAGGGGUAUCACGUAAAAAGUGCAUAUUAUUUCACCUAUGUUAUUAAUUUUUUUCAGAUAUUACAAAUAUAUCACCUUUAAUGGUCUCCUUUGUAAGAUCGCUAAAAUUUUCUUCUUUAGCAAAGAAUGUGGUGUGUUCAGUAA